AUGAAAUCACAGUGUUACUUACAUGGAUAUCCUCCUGAUUGUUCAUACAAAUUGCAGGAUCUCUAUAAUCUCAUACGAGAUGAUGAAGACUCGAUUACUCUUGAACGUAUUUUCAAAAUGCUUCGAACUUGGUAAUAUGAAGUACCCUUCUCGAAUUUAUGUUUGCUUCUUCGAAAAGCCAAUUAAGCAUGUCAUUAGAAUGCAAAGAACUAUGUGAAUGAAGUAGCCUUCCAUCAGCUUUUGCAUAAUCCUGACAUAUAAAAGUUGUUCAAGCCUAAGAAGGAUGAAAUCUAUUUCACUCCUCCAACAAUCGAAGGGCUAUUUAAACGUAUGGGUGAGCAAAUUGAACGGAAGAGACUUCAUGAAAAACUGAAACGGGAAGGGGUCUCAAAUAAAGAGAAAUUCAAUUUCAUGUUGUAGUUAUUGCAAGUGGGUUCUCCGCGGAAAGACAAGGAAUGCUCAAUUACAAUGGAGAAGACAAAGAGUGUGCGUAAAGUUAUCGAUGACGAUUAUAAUUUCAUUAAGGAGCAGAAGAAAAGCAAGAGGAAGGCUGAAAGCAUGUAAGAUCCAUAGAAUCCGCCAAAGUUUACCAAACUCCCAAAUACAAUUUUUAAUGCGCCCACUAGUCCAAAUGGAGGAUGUGCAAGAGGAUCAUAAUGUCUAGAAGUUGAGCAAUAUUAUUCAUAAAUCAUAGGUUAACCUUUCAAUAAGGUUACCUUAAAUUUAAAAUAUAUGAAACAACAACGAUAUUAAAUGGAUUUCAAUCUCUCGAAAAGUUAUUUGCUAUAAAAAUUACAGCCGAAUCGAGAACAGUCGGCCAAGAAACUAAGCAACUUAGAGGUGAAUGCAGCGGUUCAGAAAUACUUCUAGAUGCUCAAGAAGAAGGAAGGAAAGAGUCCGAGUCCAAUAAUUUCUCCGACUCAAUCCUCCAAGAUUCUCAGUCAAUUGGUGACCAAGGUUACACCAUCAUUGGACAUUAAUGUUCCGAUUAAACCUCCGACCCCUUCAGGAACCCAAUCUUAUAGGCCCUCAUCUGAAAAGAAAGCUCAUCAUCGUCCUCAGUAAUCAGUGGGACAAAGCAAGGAUUUGAUUUUACAAAAGCUCCAAACUGCCUUAUUUUAGAAGCCAAAGACUCAAUCUCAGCAAGUGACGCCUAAAAGUAAUGGGAAGGGAAGUGUGAGUGUGAACAAGUAUUUUGAGAGUACAAAAAAAUAAUAAGAUGAAUCUCACGAAUACUACCUAUCAAGAGUGAAGAAUGCAUUUUCCAAGCCUUCUAAGGAUGAUUACUUCACUCGAAUGCACAGGGAACACUUUUUUUAAACUUAUCAAGGAAUAUAUGUUGCUACGUACUUACAACCAGUUGAUCCGAAUGAUCUGUAAAACAAGCAAGUUAAGUUAAAGUAGAAGGAAUGCUACAAAAAUAAAAUUACAAUUGUCUUUGAUCUUGAUGAGACUUUAGUUCAUUGCAAUGAAAGUUUAGCAAUCCCAAGCGAUUUAAUCUUAUCCAUUUAGGUGUCUCCCCAAGAAACAAUUAAGGCCGGCAUAAACAUUAGACCUGGAGCAGUAAAGUUGCUAGAAUUACUAGUAAAUGAUUUCGAAUUGAUACUCUUCACGGCUUCACAUCCUUGUUAUGCCUAAAAAGUUAUCGAGCAUCUAGAUCCUUAGAAGACUCUCUUUUCUCAUAGUCUUUAUAGAGAAAGUUGCAUCAUGACCACAGGAGGCAUGUAUACAAAGGAUCUCAGAAUUUUUGAUAGACCAUUAAGUCAACUAGUCCUAGUAGACAACGCUUCUUACUCCUAUGCUUGGCAAUUAGACAAUGGCAUACCUAUAGUUCCAUUUUACGAUAACAAGGAGGAUAGGGAAUUGGAAUCAUUGUUAAAAUAUUUAAAAGGGAUGUAAGGAUGUAAAGAUGUCAGGGAAUACAAUAAAAAACAUUUAAGAUUGUAAUACUUCCAAGAUCCUUCAGGAGCAGGAGCAGUGUUUGAGAAACUAUUUCAAUAGAAGAUGGAAAUUUGA